CGACAUUCUGUGACAUUAGUCACAAAAACAAGUGACCAGCAACUGAGUGAGCCAGGAAGAUGUCAUUCUGUGGUUGGUUUUCUGGGGAAAAAUUUCGAGAUCACUUUGAAAAAGGAAUAUAUGUUUGUUCCAAUUGUGGAAAUGAACUCUUCCAUAGUCAGACAAAAUAUGAGCACUCUUCCCCCUGGCCGGCCUUUACUCAUCUGAUCAGGGAGGACUCAGUGUCUCGGGUCAGCGAGAGCCCAACAGCCAUAAAGAUAUCAUGUUCCAAAUGUGGGAAUGGACUUGGACAUGAGUUUCUUGGAGAUGGCCCAAAGAAAGGAAUGAAUAGAUACUGAAUAUUCAGUGCUUCCCUCAAAUUUCAAGCAUUUGAAGGGAAGCAGGGUUAAAAAGCAAGUCUUCCAGAACAAAUGUUGAACUUUCCUCCCAGCAAUUUGUGUCAGAAUUUUGAUUGUGAUCAUCAAGGUGAAUGAUGCUUUAAAACAAAGGCUUUUGAGCAGUUUUGGAGCUGAUGUAUUUCCUGAUAUCACAUGACAAUUUAAUGCCAAUCUUUAAUUCAUUGCGUAAUUAACAAGUUUUAAUAAUUUAAAUAUCUGUACUGAA